AAAUUCUAGAAUGACAAGCGUUGUGAAUAGAAACUGCACCUCAACGACCGGAGAAAGGUCAAUAGGCUGGACUGUAACCGCAGGAACAGAACCGGACAAUGUUGUUCCCAAUUUUCGAAAGAUGAUUCACAUCAGAAUACCUGGGUUUUCUAAAGCCUUUCAGUUCCCUUCGCGGUUGAGCCUUGUUUCUCGACUCAGUGUUGGAAUUUAGGGUUUUGGUGCAACAGGGCAGGAGAAUGGGAGAAUGAGAGAAAUGGAUGCUGUAGAAGUUUAUUGAAGUUGUUUGCGCGGAGGCAGCACCAUGGACUGCGCCGGAGGCCACUUGCGGGGUUCAUGUUCAGGUCCUGCUACUUUGCGCUGCGGCGCUUGUGGAGCUAUUCGCUAUUGUUCUCGGAAGCACCAGAAAGCUCACUGGGAUGAGCACGCCCUAGUGUGCAGCAGAAUGGCGCACCAGAUGCAGCUGGCGCCUGUUCUGUACGACUUCCCUUUCGCCUACACGCACCACACCACUCGGUUGAUUGAAACGCAGGAGACCUCCCUUUGUCUUCUGCUGGAGUCGUGGGAUGUUCACGGCGAAGGCCUGUGGGCAGCGUCUUGUGGCUGCUUUCAACUCGCCACAUCACAGAGAAGUCGCGGUAAGGAUGUUGAUUGGAGAUUACCCACCGAUUUCUGUCCCUGUAAAGCUCCAGAGGGUUCACCGGCACAGCACUUGCAGAGCUGGGAGGAAUACUACAAUUGGCGAGGAAUUUCGUUCGAGUCACCAGCAGCCCUAAUCUUGACCUGGCCUUUGUCUUUGUACCACGCCGUCUGCUUAGCUCAGUCGCAAACAAUCUGUUCCAGACCUCGAGAAACCUUGCUUAUUCACUAUUUGGGUCCAGAAAAGGAGUUGGAGCAGCUGCCCGCUUUUGUAGAGCUGCUAGCGCUGCUUCCCGCAGUCGAAAUUCACAUAGAUUUCGUUGGCCCCGCAGUAUCGAAGUCGGCAGAUAGGGAAACUCAUACAUUCUCUGCCUUUGCUCAUUGCUCCGACUUGGAGUGUGCAUGCAAGAAAAAGGGCAUGGAUUCGAAUCCGAAGGGUCUUGUUACAACGAGAUUGUGGAGGGGUUUUUACCACGAUCGACAUGCAGAGUUAGGCAGAAACCCUGAUCUCAUUUUUGCAGCCAACGCAGGUAUUGCUGCCUUCCCGAGCUGGCAUCCUACUCUUGAAUUGAUAGUGUCUCUCAAUGUGCCGGCUCUUUUCACAGAUUACUGUGAGGAGGCAGCAGUUUUAGCUACAGAGACGAUCCAUCAUGUCAUCCGGGGAAAACACCCUGAUCUUGAAUUUCCUGUGCAAGUUAAUCCGUUCAGGCAGCCAUUGAGUCCCACCAACAAGGAUUUGGACCUCCCCACAUUCUCAAAUGCCUUCGUGUUCGGAAUCCAUGGCCCUUCGAAUGCCCGCAUGAGCCAGGAAACCCUUCCAAACCCACCAUAAACUCGUUCUGUCUCCGAAAGGUUUAACCUUCGAGUUGUAUUACAUGUAGCGGAACUUGUGCAGGGCUUUGCCACAUGAUACAUCCUGCCUGAAACGAAUGGUGUGGGUGAACCGAACAAGCUCAAGCUCAUGCAACAGCCUGCACAAGCUUGCUCUGGUAUGAAAUCCCACUUCCAAUUAUUCUCUUCGUGUCAGGAGCUCCUCUGCCAUCGUAUUGAAUGUACUGAUGCUCACCUGCGAUGUAAAGCUUCUGACCAAGGCAUGUGAUUCUCUGCCUUGGGGCUGCUCUUUGCUUUGCUUCUUCCCCA